GUAACAAAACUAUAUAAUCCCAUUAUCCUCUGACGCACGCUAUACUGUUCCCUCAAAUAUAUCGUUACAUAGAUUCUACUUCAUCUUUAGGAAAGCAUAUUUAGACAGAGAGAGAGAGAGAGAGAGAUGAUGAGAGAGAAAGAAGUGGACGGAGACGGUAACCUUGGUGGUGGUGAGAGGACGAUGGGGAGAGACGAUUCGGAGAGUGUACGAGAGAUGCAGUUGUCGAUAGCGGCGUCGUCGUCGGUGUUUCCGGGGUUUCGGUUUUCGCCUACGGAUGAUGAGUUGAUUUCGUAUUAUUUGAAGAAGAAGUUACAAGGAUGUGAUAAUUGUGUGGAUAUUAUUCCGGAGGUUGAUUUCUGUCGACAUGAGCCCUGGGAUUUACCAGGUCUUUCCAUUAUUCGAUCGGAUAAUGAGUGGUUCUUCUUUUCGGCCCGAGGAAAGAAGUAUCCAAACGGUUCACAAAGCAAACGGGCUACACAAUCCGGGUACUGGAAAGCCACUGGUAAAGAACGAAACGUAAAAUCAGGUGCUGUUACAAUUGGCACCAAGAGGACACUAGUUUUCCACACGGGCCGGGCCCCGAAAGGAGAAAGGACCGAAUGGAUCAUGCAUGAAUAUUGUAUGAGUGACACUUGCCAGGAAGCCCUGGUUGUUUGCCGGCUUAGACGAAAUGGCGAUUUCCGGGUGAAUGAAUCGCCAAGGGGUUCUUCUGAUCAUAGGAUAUCACCAGCGGCAGAUAAUGAUCAUGAUCAUUCUGCUACAAAUGAGUGUGCCAAUAAUACCCAAAUCGAUGGAGACGGGUUUGACGAUGAGAAUGCUAUCAAGAGCUGUUCUAUGGAAUCUAAAAGCAGCUACAGGUCUCAUUCAAUUGAACAAAAUGAUUCAGAAUCCGUGUCUGAUCAACAACUCAUUGAUGACUUCCCAGAUGGUUUUUCGACUCCAUAUAAGUUGGUAUUAUCAUGUAAUAUUACACAGGAAGGGGACAAUGAGGAUGAUUGUUUCGCUGAUAUAAUGAAGGACGACAUAAUAAAACUCGACGAAUCAGGCUCGCACUCUUUUAUGAUCCACGGCGUCUUGACGGGGACAAAGUGCACCGAAAUACUACCAACAGAAACCAUGUCGGCCCAGGGAACAGCAGUCCGAAGAAUUAGACUCGGACAACAAAACACAGAUCUAACCAAACAUGAACCACCAUCAUCUUGUGGUGACCAUAACAAUAACCCGACGUCCGAUAAGAAAGUACCAGGAUGUGUGCUUAGUCUCCUAGCUGGCAACGCCAAUUGUCUGUCCAAGUUCCAUCCUAUGUACCUGGUUUUCUUGUUGUUGCUCAUAAUGUUGGUUGCAUGGAAAGGUAAUUAUAUGGAUGCUAGACAACAUAUGGGUAACGGUAUGGAAGCUUCUAGAUGGCAGUUAAGUUAUUGGCUACGUAAGGCUGAUGAUAAUAUAUAAACCGGUUGUCUGUAUGUUAUGUGUUGUGUGUCUAAUGUAUAAGAUGAGUACUGAUCUACACGUGGUUGUGAAAUAGUUGUUAGUAUCUUGGUCUACUGGUUUGGAAUGUUUAGAUACACUUCAUGUAUGCAAAAUCAUAUGAUGUAUGAAAUAUAAAAGAUAUUGUCUAA